CUCAUCCUUCACACAUUCGCCACCCUAUUUACAACUUCCAACCGUAAAUCUACAAAACUUCCGAUCCUGAUCAUCAUACCAUCAAACAACACUAACACAUUUUCCCCUCAGAUCACCCAUUCAACCGUCACCGAUAACCGAAACUCAGGCAAUAUGUAUAGGGCCUUCGUUGGCCCAUUUGAUCCCACAAUGAUCAUGAUGUUCACCCUUAAAGACGCUUCCGAUUGGUGGCAUGUAUUAAACGACACACCCGUUUGGCAAGAUCGAAUCUUUCACGGAAUGGCUGUUCUUUAUGGCCUCGUUGCCAUUGUUGCAAUGAUGCAAUUGUUUCGGAUACAACAAAGAGUGCCGGAGUAUGGUUGGACCACACAGAAGGUUUUUCAUUUUCUUAACUUUGUGGUUAAUGCAGUUAGAUGUUUGAUUUUUGUUUUUCGUCGCGAUAUUCAAGACUUGAAACAGGAGAUUCUGAAACAUAUCUUGCUUGAUGUGCCAAGUCUUGCAUUUUUCACUACUUAUGCGCUCUUGGUUUUAUUUUGGGCUGAAAUUUACUACCAGGCACGGGCUGUUUCGACUGAUUGUCUUCGGCCUGCCUUUUAUACAGUCAAUGGAAUAAUCUAUGCAAUUCAGAUAGCAUUGUGGCUAGCAAUCUGGUGGAAGCCCGUGCGGAUUAUGGUGAUACUCUCCAAGAUGUUCUUUGCAGGAGUGUGUUUGUUUGCUGCCUUGGGUUUUCUGCUAUAUGGAGGAAGGCUCUUUUUAAUGUUGCAACGUUUUCCUGUGGAAUCAAAAGGCCGGCGAAAGAAGUUGCAGGAGGUUGGAUAUGUGACAAGUAUCUGCUUUACAUGUUUCCUCAUAAGAUCUGUCAUGAUGUGCUUUAAUGCAUUUCAUAGAGUUGCUGACCUGGAUGUGAUGGAACAUCCUGUUAUGAACCUCAUGUACUACUUGUUGGUGGAGAUACUACCUUCAGCUCUAGUUCUCUUUAUAUUGAAGAAGUUGCCGCCUAAACGAGGGAUAAAUCAAUAUCACAAUAUUCGCUGAAAUAUUAUGAAUUUACGACGAUACAAAAUGAAGAAAAGAUUUCUUGAAAAUGGAACUGGUUUUUCUAUUGGAGAGAAUAGAAAUGCAAGACUCCAGAAGCUGAAUCCAUGGAGUCUAAAGAUUAUGAAAGGGUUUUAAAGAAACUGAUCUCUCAUCUGUAGUAAUAAAAUAUUUAAAAAUUUGUUCUUUAAUUCAAUAAUUCGUAUUACAGUGCAAAA